CAGCUGAAGCAUCUGCUUUCACGGACUGUUGGGUGCAAGGCCAAAUGACCGGACAGACAAUCAUCGACCUCGCAAUACCACUCACGGGUGCACUGACAUCAUUCAGUCCAUUAUCACGUAGCUCAGGGAGAGAAAACAUUCGCCUGUUGAAAGAUUUCGAUGAAACCCUUUUCACGCAGCCUGUGUGUGAGGCUCUGAAGCGGGCGGACUUGACACGGUUUGACGAGUUGAGCAAGACAAAGGACCAUUGGGAACAGGAUUACGUUGCUGGAACGAUGUCACACACAUGAAGUGGAGAAGUCCAGAGAUGACAGAACGCCGAUAGUGGUGACGGGUAUGGUGACGAUACCCGGCAAUUGUGACCUGGCAAUGACCUUGGAAGCAAGGUACUUUACCUAACUGAUACGAUGUGCAAUGUGUACUGCAAACUGUGUCAUACACGCAGCUAUACACUGAGAAAGCGCUCUCAU